AUGUCAAUUCCACCUAAUUUCUGCGGUUUUAAAAAAUUGCUUGAACUUCACUUAGUUUGUGUUACAUUCGAUUCCGUAGCACUUGAGAGUUUUAUGUCUGGUAGUCCAUUUCUUGAAAAGCUCUGCAUUGAAUAUUGUGAUGGUUUUGAAUAUCUUGAUAUUUCUUCUCCUACUCUCAAAGUCUUAUUACUAGAAAUAAUUCAUGAUGUGAAGUCAAUUUGUCUCAAAAAUGCCAAGAAUCUGAUUGAUUUUACACUCGAUGCUAAUCACAACAGCUUAUCUGAUUUGAUCAAAAGUUUGCCAAAAAUUAAGAGGUUUUCUCUGUUCAUAUGGAAAAAGAGUUACAACUAUGAUGAUACCACACAAGUGUUGGGCCCUUCAAAGGAGUUAGAAUGCCUUAGUUGUUGCUGCCUUAAACUUCAGACCGUCAAUAUCUAUGUUGAUGUUAGCGCUCAACACGCAAUGAGUUUGAUAAAGUUCAUACUUGCAAAUUCUCCAUUGUUAAAGACUCUUACUUUUAAUAUUUUUGAGGAAUCAGAGGCAGUUAAUGCAGUUAUGUUUUUCGGAAUUUCACAAGACUUGUUAUUGAUGGAACGAGCGUCACCCAGAGCACGGGUUAAGUUCAAGCAUUCUCCUUAUCCACUAUUUUGGUGA